AUGCCGUCUGAGCUGCAGCGGCUCAACCACCUCGAGACAUUCAUUGCCGAGUACCAAGUCAAUUGGGCCAACCUUACCCCGUCUGUGGCAGCCCUCCUCGAUCCAGGCAUGACCCCCGAGCUCAAGACGCUGCUCCUGACUAGUGAGCCCAUGUCGCUCAAAGGUCUUGCAACAUGGGAGGGUAAAGUGAAUCUCUUGUUCGCGUAUGGUCAGGCUGAGAGUGUCAGCCUCUGCUGCGUGAGGAGGAGCCCGACGGUCGCGUCUGACCGAAAGAACGUUGGCCACAGAGUCGGGAGAUCCAUCUGGCUCGUCGACACCGGCGACCAUAACAAGCUGGUGCCUGUGGGAGCUGUUGGUGAGUUAGUUAUUCAAGGUCCCGUGCUGGCUCGCGGAUACCUUGAUGCUGAGAGAACCGCGCUUGCAUUUCUUCACGAUGUAGCCUGGCUGCGAAAACUACAGCCUGGAUACGAUGGGGAGCUCUACAAAACAGGAGACUUGGCACAAUUUGCUGACGAUGGAUCCGUCCGAUACCUUGGCCGAAAAGACAACUCAGUCAAGCUAUACGGACAGCGGCUUGACCUGGACGACGUGCUCCAGCAGGUUCAGCGCUGUCUGAUAGACAUUUCAGACACGGAAGUCUGCGAUGUGAUUAUGGACGUGUGCCGCACGUCAAUAUCUGAGGAUGUCAAGUUGACAGCGUUUCUCGGAAUGAACCCUACGUCACUUGAUACGGGAGGUACUGUUCUCCUCGGCCCCUUGGACCGAGCCACUGUCUACCUGCAGAUAUUUCGGACUCGUUUGGCCAGCGUCGUUCCCCGGUACAUGAUUCCAACCGUCGUCGUCAUAGUGUCCCAUAUACCACUCAAUCUCUCCGGCAAAACUGAUCGCAGAAAGCUGCGCGAAAUUCUCUUCCAGAUGACGGCUUCGGAGGAAGCUGCAUGUCUGGGAUCCGUUGCCAGCCACGAGGCCCCGUGCACACCCCAAGAACUGCAGCUCCGUUCGCUCUGGUCGCAGGUGCUAAACACUGCUGAAUCGAGCAUCGGAAGAUUCGAGGACUUUUUCCGACGGGGAGGCGACUCGCUGGCGGCGAUGAGGCUGGCCUCAGCCGCGCAUGGCCUCGGUCUUAGUCUGACCUUUGGGGACAUUUUUGCGAAUCCAGUACUGUCAAGUCAGGCAAAGCUGAUUGGCUCCACGGAGGGAAACACGCAACAGAGUUACACAUGCUCGGCGUUUGAAUUGAUUACAGAGAGCCAAAAGCAAGCUGUUCUCGCAACAGCAGCUAAGGAGUACGCUUUACCGGCGACUCAGAUUGAGGACAUCUAUCCAACUACACCAAUGCAACAGGGCCUUGUCGCUCUCAACUCCCUACGGCCAGGCUCGUAUGUGUCACGACGUGUCUACAAGCUUAGAGAGGGCGUUAGCUUUCGAAAGCUCGAAGCAGCUUGGAAAGCCACCUUGGACGCGAACCCCGCCUUGAGAACCCGUGUCAUACGAUCUGUUGGUGACGGCCCAACGUAUCAAGUCGUGGUUCGCGACGAGGCGGUUGUUGACAUGGCCUAUGACUUGACCAAAUAUCUGGCGGACGACGAGGCAAAGCCGGUAAAUCUGGCGGCUAUCCUGAAGACCCAAGUGAGCGACACGUAUCAUGGCCACGUUCCAGUCCUUCAAACAUUUAGGGAGUUUGUCAAAUAUGUACUCCAAUCUAAUAAAAAUUCAUCCGAUCAUUGGAGAAUGUUUGGCUUGACGGUUUCUGGCAGGGCAGCGCCCGUGCCGGGGAUUGACAAGAUUGCUGGUCCCACGAUUGCAACAUUUCCCUUGAGGGUUCAGUUGAGGUCCUCUUCAUCAAUUCACGAGGAGCUGGAGACGCUGCAGAAACGUAUCAUAGAGAUGAUACAAUUUGAACAGUUUGGGGUACAGAACAUCAGUCGCCUUGGAGACGACGCGGCCAAGGCGUGCAAGUUCCAAAGCCUCCUCGUCAUUCAACAGCGUCAAUCAUCAGCCGAAAAAUCUGGCAUCUUCGGUGAUACUGGUGCUUUUACGCCCCAGCCAAUGUGGAAUACAUACGCAUUGACGAUUCUGUCAACCCCCGGCGCCGAUAGAUGCGUCCGUUUCGAGGCUGUUUACGAUGCCACGGUGGUGCCCAAGGCCCAAAUGAGACGGAUUCUACAAGUUUUUGGCAAUGUCUUGAAGCAGACAGUACUGUCGCCGGAUAAAUUGGUGGGCGACAUGGACAGUAUCAGCACAGAUGACUUGCAGCAAAUCGAGUGCUGGAACUCUUCAGCGCCUCCAGCCGUUCCGAGGUGCAUCCAUGACAUGAUUCACGACCAUUGCGUAGCGCAGCCAGAAGCUAGCGCGAUUGACGCAUGGGAUGGUCAGUUUACCUACAAGCAGCUCGACGAUCAGUCGUCACUGUUUUCAGCCGUUCUUAGAGAGAAACGACUGGGUCCAGACAUGAUGGUUCCUCUUUGCUUUGAAAAGUCGAAAUGGGUCGCUGUUGCCAUCUUGGCAGUCGCCAAAGCCGGUAGCGCGUUCAUACUGUUGGACCCUUCACACCCAACCGAACGGCUGGCGUGGAUUUGCAAGAAUGCGCAAGCAUCAGUGUUGCUAUGUUCCAAGGAUAUGGCUGCGUUGGCGGCGAAGCUCGGCUGUCAACACGUCGUCCAGGUCGAUGAGAACAGCAGUCGAGAAAACCAAGCCUCGCUAACUACUCAAGUGCAUCAUCCCAUCCAAGCACUCCCUAGUAAUGCCCUAUGUGCGCUGUAUACCUCGGGGUCAACGGGAACGCCGAAAGGCGUCGUUAUCGAGCAUUCAGCCUUCGCCACCCAAGUUACCGCGCUUGGACUGCACUUCCAUCUGGGUCGCCAGUCACGUAUUUUUCAGUUUGCAUCCCAUGCAUUCGACGUCACCGCUGCCGAUUAUGUGUUUGGACUGGCCCUUGGCGGCUGCGUAUGCGUCCCGAAUGAAGCGGACAGCCGGGACAACCUAGCCAAAGCCAUACGAGAUCGUAGAGCAAACUGGACUUUUCUGACACCUUCGGUCGCCCGAACUCUAACACCCUCCGCUGUACCAGAUCUCAACACCUUGGUGAUUGGUGGCGAGUCUGCAAAGGGAAUAGACUUUACGGUUUGGUCAGGCGCCGUGCGGCUCGUCUACGUAUAUGGUCCUGCUGAGGGGACGGUCUACUGCACUGUGCAGCCCAAGACUCAACCGGGUGCCAAUCCGGUGAAUAUCGGAUCGGCAGCUUCUUCCGCAUGCUGGCUGGUAGAGCCUGCCAACCCAGAGAAGCUGGUUGCCAUUGGGGCGGUUGGCGAGUUGGUGAUUGAGGGCCCGAUUGUCGGCCGCGGGUACAUGGGAGAGGAUCUGGGCGGCUCGCCUUUCAUUCCGCCGCCAAAGUGGUUGCGUGCCAUGCCACGAAGUGAGUCACCAGGCAGGCUAUACAGAACUGGAGACUUGAUGCGGUACAGUCCAGACGGCGACGGAUCGCUAGAGUUUGUUGGUCGGAAGGACAGGCAGGUCAAACUUCGCGGGCAGAGAAUGGAGCUUGCGGAGAUUGAACAUCAAGUUGCGCGGCAUUUUCCUGCCACAACGGAUGCCAUUGUGGAAAUCAUUGCCCCCGAGAACUCAGACAGUCAGAGGUUACUUGCUGCUUUUAUCUGGGAUGCCAGCAAUGUUGCAGGGAAACGCUCCAGUAACAACCAAGGCACGCUGUCCACGUCUGCCAUGUUCGCCGUCCCAGAUGAAGAGUUUCAAUCUCGGGCAUCGAUCGCGGAAGUGGCGCUACGGAAGAGCCUACCUCCUUUCAUGAUCCCUUCGUUAUUUGUUCCCCUCAAGCAAUUCCCCCUCGGUCCUACCGGCAAAGUAGACCGGCGUCUUAUCAAGGACAAGGCGUGCUCACUUUUGCGACGGGAGCUCAACAUCUACCGUGGCUUCUGUUCAUCUAGAAUGAGGCCCCCUUCCAAUACGUCAGAAAGUAAAAUACACCAGCUGGUUGCAGAUGUGCUUGGUCGGGAUCGCGGCGACAUUGGGAUGAACGACGACUUUUUCCAGCUUGGUGGUGACUCGAUUAGUGCCAUGGUUCUGUCGGCACGGGCUAUGGACAUGGAUCUGAAGUUGUCGGCCGCAGAUAUUCUAGGCCAUCCUCGUCUUUGUGAUAUGGCCGACCUGGCUAUUCAGAAGAGCACGGAGAGAUGCUUGCCCACAGAGCAGCUAUCGCUACCAGAGCCGUUCUCGUUGCUUCCCGCAAACUAUCAUCAUAACACCUUGAUGCAAGAAGUUGUGAAAGGCCGCUAG